ACAACUACAGGUAGACCAGAUCCUUGUAUCAGGAGUCCUGGUUCUUAUCAGUGCUGUGCCCAGAAUCCUAAUCAUCCACAGUGUACAACUACAACAACAACUACAGGUAGACCAGAUCCUUGUAUCAGGAGUCCUGGUUCUUAUCAGUGCUGUGCCCAGAAUCCUAAUCAUCCACAGUGUACAACAACAACAACAACUACAGUAAGACCAGAUCCUUGUAUCAGGAGUCCUGGUUCUUAUCAGUGCUGUGCCCAGAAUCCUAAUCAUCCACAGUGUACAACAACAACAACAACAACUACAGUAAGACCAGAUCCUUGUAUCAGGAGUCCUGGUUCUUAUCAGUGCUGUGCCCAGAAUCCUAAUCAUCCACAGUGUACAACAACAACAACAACAACUACAGGAAGACCUGAUCCUUGUAUCAGGAGUCCUGGCUCCUUCCAGUGCUGUGCCCAGAAUCCUAAUCAUCCACAGUGUACAACAACAACAACAACAACUACAGUAAGACCAGAUCCUUGUAUCAGGAGUCCUGGUUCCUUCCAAUGCUGUGCCCAGAAUCCUAAUCAUCCACAGUGUACAACAACAACAACAACUACAGUAAGACCAGAUCCUUGUAUCAGGAGUCCUGGUUCUUAUCAGUGCUGUGCCCAGAAUCCUAAUCAUCCACAGUGUACAACAACAACAACAACAACUACAGUAAGACCAGAUCCUUGUAUCAGGAGUCCUGGUUCUUAUCAGUGCUGUGCCCAGAAUCCUAAUCAUCCACAGUGUACUACAACAACAACAACAACAACUACAGGAAGACCAGAUCCUUGUAUCAGGAGUCCUGGCUCCUUCCAGUGCUGUGCCCAGAAUCCUAAUCAUCCACAGUGUACAACAACAACAACAACAACUACAGUAAGACCAGAUCCUUGUAUCAGGAGUCCUGGUUCUUAUCAGUGCUGUGCCCAGAAUCCUAAUCAUCCACAGUGUACAACAACAACAACAACAACAACUACAGUAAGACCAGAUCCUUGUAUCAGGAGUCCUGGUUCUUAUCAGUGCUGUGCCCAGAAUCCUAAUCAUCCACAGUGUACAACAACAACAACAACAACUACAGGAAGACCUGAUCCUUGUAUCAGGAGUCCUGGCUCCUUCCAGUGCUGUGCCCAGAAUCCUAAUCAUCCACAGUGUACAACAACAACAACAACUACAGUAAGACCAGAUCCUUGUAUCAGGAGUCCUGGUUCUUAUCAGUGCUGUGCCCAGAAUCCUAAUCAUCCACAGUGUACAACAACAACAACAACUACAGUAAGACCAGAUCCUUGUAUCAGGAGUCCUGGCUCCUUCCAGUGCUGUGCCCAGAAUCCUAAUCAUCCACAGUGUACAACACAACACAACAACUACAGUAGACCAGAUCCUUGUAUCAGGAGUCCUGGCUCCUUCCAGUGCUGUGCCCAGAAUCCUAAUCAUCCACAGUGUACAACAACAACAACAACUACAGGUAGACCAGAUCCUUGUAUCAGAAGUCCUGGUUCUUAUCAGUGUUGUGCCCAGAAUCCUAAUCAUCCACAGUGUACAACUACAACAACAACUACACGUAGACCAGAUCCUUGUAUCAGGAGUCCUGGUUCUUAUCAGUGCUGUGCCCAGAAUCCUAAUCAUCCACAGUGUACUACAACAUCAACAACAACAACUACAGGAAGACCAGAUCCUUGUAUCAGGAGUCCUGGCUCCUUCCAAUGCUGUGCCCAGAAUCCUAAUCAUCCACAGUGUACAACUACAACAACAACUACAGGUAGACCAGAUCCUUGUAUCAGGAGUCCUGGUUCUUAUCAGUGUUGUGCCCAGAAUCCUAAUUAUCCACAGUGUACAACAACAACAACUACUGGAAGACCAGAUCCUUGUAUCAGGAGUCCUGGCUCCUUCCAAUGCUGUACCCAGAAUCCUAAUCAUCCACAGUGUACAACAACAACUACAGGAAGGCCAGAUCCUUGUAUCAGAAGUCCUGGCUCCUUUCAGUGCUGUGCCCAGAAUCCUAAUCAUCCACAGUGUACAACAACAACAACAACAACAACAAAACCAGAUCCUUGUAUCAGGAGUCCAGGUUCUUAUCAGUGCUGUGCACAAAAUCCUAAGCAUCCAAAAUGUACAACAACAACAACUACAAUAAGGCCUGAUCCUUGUAUCAGGAGUCCUGGUUCCUUCCAAUGCUGUGCCAAGAAUCCUAAUCACCCACAGUGUACAACUACAACAACUACAGCAAGACCUGAUCCUUGUAUCAGGAGUCCUGGUUCCUUCCAAUGCUGUGCCAAGAAUCCUAAUCAUCCACACUGUACAACUACAACAACCACAGCAAGACCUGAUCCUUGUAUCAGGAGGCCUGGGUCUUCUGAAUGUUGCGCUAUAAACCCUAACCAUGAACUCUGUGUGACCGAGAUUCCUUGCACUGACCCUCGUGAUCCCAGACAACAGUGUAAGACCACUACACAACGACCUACUACAACACCCAACCUAGAGUUUCAUGCCUUCCAUGCCUGGUUGAAUCGUCCUCCUAGUGGUAUUCGUCGUCGUCGUCCUCCUUACGGUACUCGGCUGAGUCCUGAGGUAUUGGCGGAACUCAAAAAUAAGCCUCGACGCCGGCGUGAUUUGACCCUACCCCUUCCUCCUCCACCUGUGAAAAACACGGUUGCAAUGAUGCGAGGAUUUCGUGUUGUGGCUGCUAAUGACUUAACAUUCCUGACUCUUCCCGAGUCUCGGUAUUCCGCCUUACAAAUGGACAAGUUAUGUAUUGAGAAGGGAACUUUCACUAUAGGUCUUACUAGUACUCUCAUUGUUGCUCAUAACUGCAGUGCUGGUGGCUACUUUUACUUGCCUUAGGUUAAGAUCCCUGGCGCCCUGCAAGUCCUUGGGGCACAGGACUCUUAUUAUAAACGGUAAACGACUUGACCUGACGUCUCCUUCCUGGCUGCUGGAUUCAGCCGAGGGCGGGGUGAACUAUCAUUCUUCGGCGAGCUCUGUCCGCCUCGCUGCUGCUGCUGUCACUCUCCUGGUGGGCUAAAGUUGCCACCUUCUCCGCGUCCUGUGCAGGUCAUGGGGCCGACCACCUUCGCUGUGCCAUCAUUUCUCAAAACCACCACCAUCUCACAACGGCCUCCACAUGGGCAACAGAUAUGAACAGUACUGUUGAUAACCAGUUGCUUCAAUUACUUAAUGCAACCGAUUGCUGUUUUUUUCUACCUACUACGAUGUCUUUAUUUGAGAAUAUUGCUAGCUCCUUACUGUAUUACGGUUCUUGAAGGCUGACUUGUCAAGUGCAUGAACCAUCUCCAUCAUGUCAACACUGCUGCAACACCACUGUGUGACUCACUCUCCUCACUAUGUGGUUCUGAUGCUGCCUUUCCUCCAAGCCUCUUUGUUUUGCCUUGUACAAGCAUCGCAAUUUCUGCUAUUGUAAACUU